AUGUUUUACAAUCGGUUACAUGGUAUUUUGAAGAGUCACAAUAGUGUGCUCAAAUUACAAAGAUAUGGCUCACUAUCCUCAAAGAAUAAACCUGGUACACAAGAGUUUCAAAGAGUUAUGGUUGCUAAUCGUGGAGAGAUAGCCACAAGAAUAUUUCGAGCAUUAACUGAAAUGGAAAAGACAAGUAUAGCCAUAUAUGCUCAACAAGAUAAGAAUUCAGUACAUCGUUUAAAGGCAGAUGAAAGUUAUAUUGUUGGACAGGGUCUUCCACCAGUAGCAGCAUACCUUAAUAUAGAUAAUAUAAUAGAAAUUGCUUUGAAAAAUCAUAUAGAUGCUAUUCAUCCUGGAUAUGGAUUUUUGUCGGAAAGACCAGAUUUUGCUCAAAAAUGUAAAGAAGCUAAUAUUGUAUUUAUUGGUCCUUCAAGUGAUAUAUUAUUAAAAAUGUCUGAUAAAACAGCUGCUAGACAAACAGCUAUAGAAGCAAAUAUACCAGUUAUUCCUGGAAGUAAUGGACCUGUUUUGACUGCUGAAGAAGUUAAAGAAUUUGGAGCUAAGUAUGGUUUUCCAAUUAUUGUAAAAGCAGCAUUUGGUGGUGGUGGUAGAGGAAUGAGAAAAAUUAACGAUGAAAAAGAGAUUGAUGAAGCAUUUAGAAGAGCGUAUAGUGAAGCCAAGUCAGCUUUUGGUGAUGGUAGUUUGUUUGUAGAAAAAUUUGUUGAACGACCAAGACAUAUAGAAGUACAAAUAUUAGGUGAUAAAUUUGGUAACAUUGUUCAUCUUUAUGAAAGAGAUUGUUCUGUACAAAGAAGACAUCAAAAAUUAAUUGAAAUUGCUCCUGCUCCUGUUCUUGAUCCAAAAGCUAGAGAAAAUAUGUUAAAUGAUGCUUUGAAAUUAGCUAGACAUGUUGGUUAUGAAAAUGCAGGUACAGUUGAAUUUUUAUUAGAUAACAAAGGAAAACAUUACUUUAUGGAAGUUAAUCCAAGACUUCAAGUUGAACAUACUGUUACAGAAGAAAUUACAGGUGUUGAUAUUGUUCAAGCUCAAAUAAGACUUGCUGAAGGAAAAAGUUUAGAUGAUAUUAAAUUACAUCAAGAAACAAUUCAAGUAAAUGGUUCUGCUAUACAAUGUCGUUUAACAACAGAAGAUCCUGCACAAAAUUUCCAACCAGAUAGUGGUAGAAUAGAAGUUUAUCGUUCUGGUACAGGAAUGGGUAUUCGUAUUGAUUCUGCAUCAGCAUUUCAAGGAAGUGUUAUUACUCCAGACUAUGAUAGUUUGUUAGUAAAGAUUAUUGCUCAUGCAAGAAAUCAUCCAAAUGCAGUAUCUAAAAUGUUAAGAGCUCUAAAAGAAUUCCGUAUACGUGGUGUUAAAACAAACAUACCAUUUUUGAUAAAUGUUUUAUCCCAACCUGAUUUUGUAGAUGGUGCAGUUGAUACACAUUUUAUUGAUGAAAAUCCUCAUCUUCUUAAAUUUAAUCCAAGUCAAAAUCGUGCACAAAAACUUUUAAAAUACUUAUCUGAAGUUAGAGUUAAUGGACCAUUGACACCAUUAGUUACUGGUGAUCCACCAAAAAAUGUUGUACCACCUAUACCAGAAGUUUCAAAUAAACCAUUACCAAAAGGUUUCAGAGAUAUUUUAUUAAAAGAUGGUCCAGAAAAAUUUGCUCGUGCAAUUAGAAGACAUAAAGGAUGCCUUAUUACUGAUACAACAAUGAGAGAUGCUCAUCAAAGUUUAUUAGCUACAAGAGUUAGAACAUAUGAUAUGUUACAAAUUGCACCAUAUGUUGCAUCAAGUUUUACAAAACUUUUUUCACUUGAAAAUUGGGCUGGAGCAACAUUUGAUGUUAGUAUGAGAUUUUUACAUGAAUGCCCAUGGGAAAGAUUAGAAAAAUUAAGAGAAGCUAUACCAAAUAUUCCAUUUCAAUGUCUUUUGCGUGGAGCAAAUGGUGUAGGAUAUUCCAAUUAUCCUACAAAUGUCAUUAAUAAAUUCAGUGAAUUAGCUGUUAAAUCAGGAAUGGAUAUUUUUAGAGUAUUUGAUUCACUUAAUUAUCUUCCAAAUUUAAAAAUUGGAAUGGAAAGUAUUGGUAAUGCUGGUGGUGUUAUUGAAGCAGCAAUGUCAUAUACAGGAAAUGUAGCUGAUACUUCAAGAGUUAAAUAUAAUCUUGAAUAUUAUAUGAAAUUAGCUGAUGAAUUAAUUAAAGCUGGUACACAUAUUUUAUGUAUUAAAGAUAUGGCUGGUUUAUUAAAACCUGAAGCUGCAAGAAUACUAGUUUCUGCUUUAAGAGACAAAUAUCCUGAUAUGCCAAUACAUGUACAUACUCAUGAUACUUCUGGAGCAGGUGUUGCUUCAAUGUUAGAAUGUGCUAAAGCUGGUGCAGAUAUUAUUGAUGUUGCUGUUGAUUCAAUGUCUGGUAUGACUUCUCAACCAUCAAUGGGAGCUUUUGUUUCUAGUUUAGAAGGUACUAGUUUAGAUACAGGAAUUAGUAUGAAUACUAUUAGUAAAUAUAAUGCUUACUGGGAAAGUACAAGACAAUUAUAUGCACCAUUUGAAUGUACAAAAACAAUGAAAAGUGGUAAUUCAGAUGUUUAUAAUCAUGGAAUACCAGGAGGACAAUAUACUAAUCUUCAAUUCCAAUCAUUUUCAUUAGGUUUAGGUGAUAAAUUUGAAGAAGUUAAAAAGAAAUAUGCUGAAGCAAAUGAUGUUUUAGGAGAUAUUAUUAAAGUUACACCAUCAUCAAAGAUGGUUGGUGAUUUGGCACAAUUUAUGACACAAAAUAAUUUAACAAAACAAACAGUUAUUGAGGAGGCAGAUGAAUUAUCAUUCCCAAUGUCAGUUGUAGAAUUUUUCCAAGGAAAACUUGGUGAACCACCAUAUGGUUUUCCAGAACCAUUAAGAACAAAAGUUCUUAGAGGUAGAGAAAAAUAUACAGGACCACCAUCAAAUUAUUCUAAACCAGUUGAUCUUGAAGAAUUAAAAAAAGAUUUAGAACAUAAACAUGGAAGAAAAUUACGUGAUGUUGAUGUUUUGUCAUCAUGUAUGUUCCCAAAAGAAUUUGACGAUUUUGAAAGAUUCCGCCAAACAUAUGGACCAGUCGAUAAAUUACCAACUAAAGUCUUUUUAACAGGAUUAGAUGUAGCAGAAGAAGUUAGUGUAGAUUUAGAAAAAGGUAAAACUUUAUCAGUAAAAUAUUUAGCUAAUGGUCAUUUAAAUGAUCUUGGUGAAAGGGAAGUAUUUUUUGAAAUGAAUGGACAAGCAAGAACAGUAUUUGUUAAGGAUCAAGAAGCAAGUAAAAAUAUAAUAACACGUGCCAAAGCAAUUCCAGGUAUGAAAGGGUCUGUUGGUAGUCCAAUGCCGGGUGAAAUUUUGGAAAUAAAAGUUAAAGAAGGUGAUGUUGUAACAGCUAAAUCUCCACUUUUUGUUCUUAGUGCAAUGAAAAUGGAAAUGGUUAUAGAUGCACCUAUUGGGGGAACAGUUAAGAAAGUUUAUCUUAUCAAAGGUGACAAAGUAAAUGGUGGAGAUUUAGUAAUUGACAUUGAAUAA